AUGGCAACCAUCACCUGCACCCGCUUCAGCGAGGAAUAUCAGCUCUUUGAAGAACUGGGCAAAGGUGCCUUCUCAAUCGUCCGGAGAUGCGUGAAGGUGCUGGCGGGACAGGAGUACGCAGCCAAGAUCAUAAACACCAAGAAGCUCACUGCCAGAGAUCACCAGAAGCUGGAGCGAGAGGCUCGGAUCUGCCGUCUUCUGAAGCAUCCAAACAUAGUGAGGCUGCAUGACAGCAUCUCCGAGGAAGGCCACCACUACCUGAUAUUUGACCUUGUCACGGGUGGGGAGCUGUUCGAGGACAUUGUGGCCAGAGAAUACUACAGUGAAGCAGAUGCCAGUCACUGCAUUCAGCAGAUCCUGGAAGCUGUUCUGCAUUGCCACCAGAUGGGCGUGGUGCACCGGGACCUAAAGCCGGAGAACCUGCUGCUGGCAUCCAAACUGAAGGGAGCUGCGGUCAAGCUGGCAGACUUCGGCCUAGCCAUUGAGGUGGAAGCGGAUCAGCAGGCUUGGUUUGGUUUCGCAGGCACACCAGGGUACCUUUCUCCAGAAGUGCUCCGGAAGGAUCCCUAUGGCAAAGCUGUGGACCUCUGGGCGUGUGGAGUCAUUCUCUAUAUUCUGUUGGUUGGGUAUCCUCCCUUUUGGGAUGAGGAUCAACACCGACUCUACCAGCAGAUCAAAGCCGGAGCCUAUGAUUUCCCUUCACCCGAGUGGGAUACCGUCACUCCUGAAGCAAAAGACCUCAUCAACAAGAUGUUAACGAUCAACCCAUCCAAGCGUAUCACAGCAGCAGAGGCUCUGAAGCAUCCAUGGAUAUCGCACCGCUCCACUGUGGCGUCAUGCAUGCACAGACAAGAGACAGUGGACUGCCUGAAGAAGUUCAACGCCAGAAGAAAGCUAAAGGGAGCGAUUCUCACUACGAUGCUGGCAACCCGGAAUUUCUCUGGAGGGAAAAGCGGAGGCAACAAGAAGAAUGACGGCGUGAAGAAAAGAAAGUCCAGUUCCAGCGUUCAGUUAAUGGAGUCUUCGGAGAGCACUAACACCACCAUUGAAGAUGAAGACACCAAAGUACGAAAACAAGAAAUUAUUAAAGUAACAGAGCAACUGAUCGAAGCAAUAAGCAAUGGAGACUUUGAGUCCUACACGAAGAUGUGUGAUCCUGGAAUGACUGCCUUUGAGCCCGAGGCCUUGGGGAACCUGGUGGAAGGACUGGAGUUCCAUCGAUUCUACUUUGAAAACUUGUGGUCCAGGAACAGCAAGCCAGUGCACACCACCAUCCUGAACCCGCACAUCCACCUGAUGGGAGAUGAGUCGGCCUGCAUCGCCUAUAUCCGCAUCACACAGUACGUCGAUGCAGGCGGCAUCCCACGCACUGCCCAGUCUGAGGAGACCCGCAUCUGGCACCGCCGGGAUGGCAAAUGGCAAAUCGUUCACUUCCACAGAUCUGGAGCACCUUCCGUUCUACCGCAGUAA